UACAGUUCGCACUGAGCAAGGUCAUUAUUAUUAUUAUUCAGAUGUAGGCGUUGUACCGGCUGAAUUUUAGGCUGCCCCAUUCCUGUCGGGCUAUUGUGUGGAUGGAUAGAAAGCUGUAGCUUACAGGGGGAGGAGGAGGAGGAGGUCAAAAUACAUCCCUAAACCGGAGCUACCGAGAGGACGGUAGCAUGAUAAUCGUGGAGAGGGCCCGUAUCUGCAUUUUACUGCGCCUACACCGUAUCCAUUGAGUCGGUAACCAGCGUCCGACAUGGGGAAGGAGGUAAAUGGUGUUUCGCGGAGCCGGUUUGAGAUGUUCACAAAUAGUGAUGAGGCAGUCAUCAAUAAGAAGUUGCCUAAGGAGCUGUUGCUAAGAAUCUUCUCCUUUCUGGAUGUGGUGACACUCUGUCGCUGUGCCCAGGUCUCACGGUCCUGGAAUGUUCUGGCCUUGGAUGGCAGCAACUGGCAAAGAAUCGACCUCUUUGACUUUCAGAGGGACAUUGAAGGCCGGGUGGUGGAGAACAUUUCAAAGCGAUGUGGUGGAUUCCUUAGGAAGCUGAGCUUGCGGGGUUGCCUGGGUGUGGGUGACAGUGCUCUAAGGACUUUCUCACAGAACUGCAGGAACAUUGAGGUGCUUAAUCUGAACGGUUGCACAAAGAUCACAGACAGCACGUGUAAUAGCCUCAGUAAGUUCUGUCCAAAGCUAAAGCACCUGGACCUCGCCUCAUGUACCUCCAUCACCAACCUUUCACUCAAAGCUCUCAGUGAGGGUUGUCCUUUGCUGGAACAGCUGAACAUUUCCUGGUGUGAUCAGGUCACCAAGGACGGCAUCCAGGCCCUGGUGCGCUCCUGCCCUGGUCUCAAAUGCCUUUUCCUCAAGGGCUGCACACAGCUGGAAGACGAGGCCCUAAAGCAUAUUGGGGCUCACUGUCCGGAGCUGGUCACGCUGAACUUGCAGACAUGCUCACAGAUCACAGAUGAGGGUCUCAUCACAAUUUGCCGGGGUUGUCACCGCCUGCAGUCUCUGUGUGUGUCAGGUUGUGGCAACAUCACAGAUGCCAUCUUGCAUGCCCUGGGACAGAACUGCCCCCGCCUCAGAAUAUUAGAAGUAGCUCGCUGCUCUCAGCUUACAGAUGUGGGCUUCACUACAUUAGCAAGGAAUUGUCACGAGCUUGAAAAGAUGGAUUUAGAAGAAUGUGUGCAGAUCACAGAUGGAACGCUCAUCCAGCUGUCUAUCCACUGCCCCCGUUUGCAAGUCCUGAGUCUGUCUCACUGUGAGCUGAUUACUGAUGAUGGCAUCAGACAUCUCGGCAGUGGCCCCUGCGCUCACGACCGUCUGGAGGUGAUCGAGCUGGACAACUGCCCCCUGAUCACAGAUGCCUCACUGGAGCACCUGAAGAGCUGCCAUAGUCUGGAUCGAAUCGAGCUCUACGACUGCCAGCAGAUCACCCGCGCCGGCAUUAAGAGAUUACGGACUCAUCUGCCGAACAUCAAAGUGCAUGCAUACUUCGCUCCUGUCACUCCACCCCCCUCAGUCGGGGGCAGCCGUCAGAGGUUUUGCCGCUGCUGUGUCCUGCUAUGAUGUAAAGAGACCAGCCCCUUCUUCCCUCUCCCAGUGUCC